AUGCAGAAACGCAUGCAGACGCACCUGCGGCCGAACCAGCAGAUGAACCGGCAGCAGAUGUACCGGCAGAUGUACCGGGAGAUAUACCGGCAGAUGAACCCGCAGAUGAGCCAACUGACGCAGCUGCCGGCGAUACCUCGGAUAGCACCUCCAGAGAGAGGCAGCUGGGCUCGCUUCUGGUGCUUCUUAAUUGAAUCAUAUCUUCCCAAUCAUUCGGUGCUACCCACGCUCUAUACCUGCAGGCACGCUUGGAGCUUUCGCUCUUGUCGCAUUGUUUCAUUGCGCCCUCGACAUUUAGUUAAGGCUGCAAUCUGCAUCUACUCCCUCCCGCUGCCUAUUGCAGCCUUCUCAGCAUGGUCUUCCACUGCUUCCGUGGCCAAGGCGCAUAUCUCUAUUCUUCUUCCGUUUCAUGCGCAACGGUCCAACUCUCGUUUUUAUGCCGGGCCAAUUUGCCCAUAA